CCAGUCCAGUCGAGCCCCGCGGGCCGUGGUGUUCGGUCCUCGUACGCGCGCCGCGCCGUGCUCUCCGUCGCUUGCUGCCCCGUUUGACCGCGCGAUGAGUGCCGGUGCUCUAGUCGCGUGUGAACAAAGUGGUUGCCACGGGGUCGGUGGACGCUUCCGAUUGGAUUCGUACCGCUGUGAGGACAUCGGCCAGCGCCACAAGACCCUCCUUCCAUGAAGUCUGAACGGUUCUGCGAAACGUGCUCUAUGGGACGUGAUGGGGCCGCAUGAAGUGUGAACGUGACACUUUGUUUGCUAUCAGUCAGCAAGAUAGGCUAGAGGCAGGAUGCCUGGGAAUGUAGCUAAAAGUUUGCACACCCUUGCUGGUGCACUCAGUGAGGACACAGGCUGCAGUGAAGAGGACUUAGAAACUAUUCUGAUGUCUUAUCGUACUCUGCGUAAUGGGUGUGCUGGUAACCCUGAUUACCAAACAAAUUGUACGGCCAAUGCUUCACUUCUAGCUGAUUCGUUAAAAAUCAUGACGUUUCUUCUCAAUAGUGAAGACGAGAACUCUGCUCUCUGUGUAAGAGUAGCCACUCAAUUUCUCGGUAAUCUUAUUGUGAACCACAGUGAUAACCAACUAAUUGUGUGGGACAAGUUUUCAUCUCUCCUAAAGAAAAUGCUGGCUUCAAAAGAUGUCAAACUGAAAAAUUUUUCUGCUAUGGUUAUGUACAACAUUUUGCUUGGACAUCCUGAUCUGUGUGCACCCAAGCCAUAUGGAAUUGAUUUGUUGGCAACCUUUUUGAAAUUUGCUGUUAUGGACUCGGAAUUUGGGGUGUAUGCAACUGAGUUGUUCUUGUCCACACCUGACGUGUUUGAGGAAUCUUAUCCAUCUUUGGACAUUGAAUGUCGUUUGAGACUUUUAGAAAUUUGUCAUGAUAUUCUUCUCUCCAUGCCUGAAAUGAGCAUUAAAGUUGAAGACAAGAAAAAGAAAGAGGGUGUCAAAAGCGAACCUACCAGAAAAAUACUUAUGCCUACCCUUAAAUUCAUGGUAGAGCAACUAAAGAGGCGUUCGUUUUUGAUUUUGAAAACAUCAGCACAUUAUGCAGAUUCGUUGGAACCCAGAGAAGUCUCAAAACUUAUAGAAGUUGUUGCGUGUGCAUCUAGCAAAGAACCGUAUAUUACUGAACUUCAAAGUGAUAAAUCUCUCCUCAUAGAUUGUAAUUUUCUUCUGAAGAGUAUACAUAUGGCAGGACAGGCUGGAGACAGUGAUUUUUCUCCAAUUCACAAACUUUCUGAGCUUAAUCUCUCUGAGAAAGGAGUAGAAUCUAAAAUUGAACAGCACCCAGCCUUUGGAUUUAAAGCCUGUCUUGUCAGACUUCUCGGUAAUUUGUGCUGGCGUCAUCGAGAAAACCAGGAUCAGGUUCGAGAACUGGACGGUAUUCCUCUGCUUUUGGAUUGUUGCUCCAUUGAUGCCAGAAAUCCUUUAAUGAUACAGUGGGUUGUAUUAGCUAUAAGAAAUUUAUGUGAGAACAACAAGGAAAAUCAGUGUGUUAUAGCAGCUAUGAAUCGUGAAGGCACAAUUGACUCACGAAUGCUUCAUGAUCUUGGUCUUACAAUCCAUGGUGAUGAAAAAUCCAACAAAGUUCGCAUUGUACCCCUGAAGAACAAAUGAUGAGGCGAAUUUUCUUACUUACUUCCUGUGAUUUCAUAUACGACCACCUACUGCGUCAUCUUAUCUUGUAUAAAUUCAAGAGGUCCAUUAUUUGUGUCAUCUAUUACUGUUUAAUUUUUCCAUUUGACUGACUUCUGCAUUAGUGUCUUAAGCUAUCUAAGUACCAACUUGAUGUUUAGAACAACCUAUGCCCAUGUGUAGGCCUAGCAAAAAUUUUAACUUUGUCUGAUCUAUGAUUUUUCUCUCCUACUCUGAACUGUACAUUCCUGUGCCUUUUCUUAUUUCCAACUGAAUUUUUAUUGUUGAAGUCCUAACAAAUCAAAAUAUCACUUUCACUUUUUUGUAAUGUCUACUGUUUAAUUUUUAAGGAAGAGAGUCAUUUGAAAAGAGCUGCAUGCACCCUUGAAGAUAAUUUUUAAAGAAUUCUUCAAACUGCAUUUUAAACCUAUGAUCAUUUUGUAAGUGUAAGUGGUUAUUGCACUUACUCAAGUAAAAUAGGGUAUAUAUUACUGAAAGACUUGUGGCCGUUACUUAUUUAUUCUGUUUGAUUGCAUAUUUUUUGUAUACCACUCAGUCAAACCAUGAAAUGCUGAGUUCAGAAGUGCCAUGAUUACUAAGUAGUCGAUGCAACUUGUGUUCAAUAAAUGUUUUUAUAUAA